AAUGAUAGUUCUAACUCAGUAACUGGUGUUAGGAGGGCACCGCGGUGUGAUAAGUGAAUAUUGAAUGUCUAAGAUCGACCUCGAACUCGUUCAGAGAAUGAGAAAUUGGGUGACAGUCCGAGUGUGACAGUGGCGAGGGUGACUGGGUCUAGAAGGAAGAUUAUUCUUGCAGUAUAUGUGAUGACCUAAGAAUGUCUACCAGAAGCAUUAACAGUCUCCGGUUUAAUCAAGAUCAUAGUUGUUUUACUUGUGCCUCAAAUUCUGGAUUGAAGAUUUACAAUGUGGAACCACUCACACAGAAGCUCUAUCUGGGUGUGGACUCUGUUGGCAGUUUGGCAAGUGCAGAGAUGCUGUUCCGCAGUAAUCUGAUAGCUCUAGUAGGAGGCGGCAACACACCCAAGUUUGACGAGAAAGCUGUGUUAAUAUGGGAUAACUGUCAGAGGAAUCCUGCACAGAAAGUUGUGAUGGAUAUAACAUUUGCCCAGCCAGUAGUAGCGGUCCGAGUCCAAAGAGACAGGUUGAUUGUGGUUUUAAGAAACCAGGUGCAUGUGUUCUCUUUUCCUAACAACCCUCAAAAGCUGUAUGGUUUUGAGACUCGAGAUAACCCAAAAGGUCUGACAGAAGUGAGCACAUUUGCAAGAACUUUGGUUUUUCCAGGACCCAAAUGUGGAAGUGUACAAAUUGUUGAUCUGGAAAGUCUCAAACCUGAUCUGACAGUUUCACCAGUAACAAUAAAUGCUCACCAGGGGGAGCUUGCAUGUCUUGCACUGGAUCAGAAAGGAACUUUGUUAGCAACGGCAUCCAGAAAGGGCACCCUGAUUCGUGUGUUUGAUCUGACAACAAAGAAGUUGGUUGUAGAGUUACGACGGGGUGCUGAUCCAGCUCUGCUAUACUGCAUCUCCUUCAGCCCAGACUCUGCUUUCUUGUGUGCUUCUAGUGACAAAGGAACCAUUCACAUCUUUGCUGUCAAAGACACCAAGCUGAACAGGACAUCUACGUUUAAGAAGAUGGGAUUCCUAGGACCCUAUGUCGAGUCUCAGUGGGGUCUGGCCAGUUUCACAGUAGCAGCCGAGUGUGCUUGUAUCUGUGCCUUUGAAAAUGGACAUUCUGUUAUAGCUGCCUGCGUUGACGGAACAUUUCACAAAUAUGUGUUCACUACAGAUGGAAACUGUAAUCGUGAGUCGUACGAUGUAUUCAUGGAUAUUGAUGAAGAUAUGGAAUAAUCACGAGUCGUACGAUAUAUUGAUGGAUAUGGAUGUAGAUAUGGAAUAAUCAUGAGUCGUACGAUAUAUUGAUGGAUAUGGAUGUAGAUAUGGGAUAAUCGAGAGUCGUACGAUGUAUUCAUGGAUAUGGAUGUAGAUAUGGAAUAAUCGCGAGUCGUACUAUGUAUUCAUGGAUAUUGAAGAAGAUAUGGAAUAAUUGCGAGUCGUACGAUGUAUUUAUGGAUAUGGAUGAAGAUAUGGCAAAACUCAGAAUACAACUGAUUAUGUAGGUUCUUGGUAAUCAUGGUGAAUUACAGUCUAUGAUGAGGUGUUGACUCAAAUUGUGUCACUUUUGUGAACAUUGAACAUUCUAGUUUACCAUUCAGAAGAAAUAUUCAUCAAGAGAAGAAAGUAUUGUUUUUAUACUUGAUGUAUAUAUUAGAAUUGCUAUGUUGUUGCUGUUGUAGUCAUGAAUAAUUUUAUUCUUUUAAUUUAUUUUUAAUGGAGGUUAAGCUGUUCAAGAUUUUGACAAAUCAAAAUAGACAUUUAUUCCUCUUUAGGUUAUCACUUGAUGGCAUCAUGGCAGUACACAUUUAAAAUAAAAUAACAGCACAAAGAUGUCUUUUUUCCUAUACAUGAAGCAAAUAUUUAUAAUUCAAGGCAUCUUCAACAGAAUUAUCUUUGUGAAGCCAUGAGGUUACUGCCUCGAGAACAUGCUAAUAAAAAACCCAGUUGUGGUGUAACCUUGAAUGAACUGAAUGGGUAUGAAUAUGUAUAUGUGUGAGCGCGCACAGGCCCAUAGAUACCAGGGGAGGGCUCUGCCCCCAUCCCCCAACAUGAGGAUGAAAAUGUACUUUUUAAAAACAAUUUGCUACUCUGUAUAAAUAAAUGGUAAAAAUAUAUGUUGUGACUCCUCCCCCCACCCCACCCCCCAUUAAAGGCUGUGACCCCCUCCACUAGAAAUUGUUUGUGCCCUCUUCCCCCUAUUUCAGAUAUCGGUCAUAUGGAUCUGAUAUGUGUGUGUGUGGCAAAGACCAUUUUUAAAACACACACAAAAAUGUAAAACAAUUUGUGGGUUUUAUUAACCACAUCCCACUGUUCCACCACGGCAUGGGCAGACUACAUGUAAUGGAAUCUGUGAAUAAAAAGAAAUAAUUUAAAACUU